AUGAAUUGGUUACGCGUUUGGUACCCACACUCACGGGGGCCGCUCGACAAUGGUACUUCACCGAACUGAGAAACUUCGGAGAUUAUCAAGAUUUUUGCACGAAACUUCGUGCUCGUGUCCUCAACAAACAUACUCGGGCCCAAGUAAUAAUGUCAUACGCACAGAUUAAAUUCGAUCCACGUUCGCAAACACUGCUGAAACAUAUCGAUGACUUGACAUUCCAAUUGCAUGGUAAUUCCUGUGGUCUGGAUGAACGGGACCACGUUGAUAUCAUCAUUGGAACCUUAUCCGAUCAUCUGCGUGAACUCGUCCACACUCGACAAGUCCACACGUUGGAGCAAUUGCGUGAGUUCGCUCAGCGAAUUGCACCACAUUCGUUCAUUGUUGCCACACCCCGUCCGGAAAGAACCCGUGCGGAUAGACAGCGAUCAGCGCCACGGGAAAUUUCGGCAAUACAUGAUCCACCGGAUGAUUCUUCACAUUCGGAAUAUACCGUUUCGUUUCCUGGGUCCGACUCCGAUAACAGGGAAUGUGCAUACGUGAACAAGCAAAAGAAACCAAUUAAAGCAUCUCAGAAACGUUGGUAUUCGAAACCAGUCGAGGAUUAUAAAAACGACAAAAAUCCAAAGGAGAAUGAUAUGAAAGUAGGAACUAUCGUCUACCCAUUUCUCGCUGUUGAGGGCGACGAAAAUGUACGAUGUGCAAAAUGUCUCGUGUGGGGCCAUCACUUCAAAAAGUGUCGAACCCAACCGAAUAGGGAGAUCUGCUACAAAUGUACACGACCGGGGGUUGCGUCUGAUCAAUGCCCGUGUUCAAAAAACGCGUAAGGGAGUCGAUUGGGAGUAGUGGUCCAUCGUACUCAGAAUCCACAACUUUAUCUAAAUCCACUGUCUCUAACAAUCCGCACUCUACCGAAGUCCCUCUACAAAUCGACAACUCUUCAGUCCCGAAUUCCAGUAAUAAUUCUACUCUGAUUCUUAAUGAAUAUAAUCAAACUCAAAGGGAUGGCGGAGAACCAUCAACUAAAUGUUCUGAACGAACACUACCAAUUACCAAACCUACUUCAGCUCCAGUCCUUACUCACCAGCAAGACGCAGUCAACCAAGUUAACCAACCACGACUCCGCGAUGUUUUCUUUAUCUCAGACAAAUGUUUGACAUAUAACAUUCCGAACGAUCGUCGCGAUUAUCUCACGGUUAUGGUUAACAACCAUUCUCAUACGGUUUUACUCGAUAGGUAAGCCGAAGUCAGUCAUUUCACAAACAUUUUAUGAGAAGUACAGAUGGGGGCAGUUGCAAUCUACCAAAACCUCCAUUGGUCUAGCCGAUAAUUCGAUUUCUUUUAAGGCCAUUGGUAAAGUGGAUGUAUUAUAUACGGUCGGUAGUCUUACCCGCCUGGUGCCAACUCUUGUCGUACCUAUCUCACUGAAACACCCAAUUAUGGGACGGACAUUCCUUGAGGCCUUCGAACUGGUGCAGAACCAAGAGAAAGCUCAACGAUUUUUAAAACAUACAGCCAAAGGUGAUACUGAAGAAGUUGCAUCCGCUAAAGUCGAAAUGGUUACGGCGGAUAAUUUUAUUAAUUUUUGUAACCAGCCACCAGGGAGUGGGAAAGAACAAGCUCAGGUAUCUAUGAGUAAUGAUCUGGAGCCAAUUGACGCUUCCACACUCGGUUUAGAGGGUGAACUAGAUGAAACUUAUGAAACGCCAGUAUCCAGUAUCGCCAUAUGUGGCUGAACAAGUUCAAGCCGAAUUGGAUAAAAUGCGAUGUCGUGACAUCAUUAUGACCAUCGAAGAAAGCCCUUGGCGGUCACCAAUUCUGGCUGUAAAGAAGAAGGACGGAACAUGUCGCGUGUGCUUGGACGCGAGAGAGCUGAAUAAAAUUACCAUUCCAAAUGCCUAUCCAAUUACGGAUACUAACCAAAUUUUAGCACGACUAAAGUCAGCUAAAUACCUAACCAGUAUUGAUCUGUCUCAAGCUUUCUUUCAAAUUCCUUUGGCAAAAUCGAGUCAACUGAAAACCGCUUUUGCAUUCGGUAACAGACUUUAUGCUUUUCGUCGCAUGACGAUGGAGUUGAGAAAUUCACCCGCCGCAUUAGCCAUUCUCAUUGAUAAAAUUUUCCGUGAUUUGGUUCCACAUGCAUUCGCAUAUGUGGAUGAUUUCAUAAUUUGCACUUCGACGUUUGAAGAACACGCUAAGAUAUUGGCUAUUGUUGCAAAACGUCUGGCUGGGGCCGGCUUAACCAUCUCAACAUCCAAAUCGAAUUUUUGUUGUAAACGAUUGGAAUUCCUGGAUUACGUUUUGUCUCAAGAGGGUCUAUCUGCGAAACCAUCUCGUAUUCGAGGUAUUGUUGAAUUUGCACGGCCCAAAACGGCAAAAGAAGUCAGACGGUUCGUUGGUGCAGCGGGCUGGUACCGAAAAUUUAUUGAACAUUUUUCGGAGAUCACAGCUCCCCUUAGUGAAUUGUAUAAAGCAAACCGAAAAGGACCCAUUGAAUGGAAUACCGCUGCUGAACAAGCCUUUCUCAAAGAGUGUUUAACUACCACUCCUAUUCUGACUAUGGCCGAUUAUUCAAAACCAUUCAAGGUUUAUACCGAUGCCUCGCUUAUCGCAGCGAGUGCUGUUCUAGUACAAGAACAUGAUGGGAAUGAACGCGUGGUUCAGUAUUUUUCUAAAAAAUUCUCGAAAGCCGAACAAAAUUACACAGCAUCCAAACGGGAAUGCCUAGCCGUUCUCUUAGCGGUCGAAAAGUUCCGUCCAUAUUUUGAGGGUCGUGAAUUGGUUGUGGUAACGGACCAUGCAGCUUUGCGCUGCCUACAAACUCUCAAAGAACCAACUGGACGUUUAUGCCGUUGGGCGAUCCGAUUAUCACCAUACGAUCUCAAAAUUAUUCAUAAACCAGGAAAACAUUUAGAUCUUCCUGACGCCUUGUCUCGUUCUUUUGCUCUACUCAACAUCGUUCGUAGAAAUCCAAUUGACCUUCCGAGUAAUUUUCACGUUAAUCGUACCCCAAUCACAUCCGUGACCAACAUUGACCCAAACACGUGCGAUAAAUGGUACAACAAAAUGCAUGCCAUGGCCUCAAAACAACCAUUAUAUAGAUAUAAAAUCGAGAACAACCUCCUGUAUCAUCGAUUGAAAUUUUCCAAUCAAAGUGCGGAAAUACUGUGGACACUUUGUGUACCAUCUUCUGACAGAGCAAAAGUCCUCGAUGAAAAUCAUAACCAGCAUUCGCAUCAGGGUGUUUGGAA